CGCAGUAACUUUUAAAAACAAUUUUCUUGUUUUAUAUAGCUGUAUUACCAAGUCUUAAAUUUUGCUAUGAUAGUGUCGUCUGCCCUUAUGAUAUGGAAAGGGCUGAUCGUCAUUACUGGAAGUGAAAGCCCUAUUGUUGUGGUGCUCAGUGGCAGCAUGGAACCAGCUUUUCACAGGGGAGACCUGUUGUUCUUAACGAAUUUCCAUGAUGACCCAAUCAGAGCUGGUGAAAUAGUUGUUUUUAAAGUUGAAGGCAGAGACAUUCCAAUAGUUCACAGAGUAAUCAAAAUACAUGAAAAAGAAAAUGGGAACAUCAAAUUUCUGACUAAAGGUGAUAAUAAUGAAGUUGAUGAUAGAGGCUUGUACAAAGAAGGUCAGAACUGGUUAGAGAAGAAAGAUGUUGUUGGAAGAGCAAGAGGAUUUUUGCCUUAUGUUGGUAUGGUAACUAUAAUAAUGAAUGACUAUCCAAAAUUUAAGUAUGCUCUUCUGGCAGUAAUGGGAGCGUAUGUACUGCUGAAACGCGAAUCCUAAAAAAAAGAAAAAAAAAAAGUCACUCUUCCAAGAACAAAGUACAAAGUUAAAUAUACAGAGGGGAAAAAAACCUAAUAUAUUUCAGAUUUUUUCAUUUCAGUAUACAGUUACAAAACUGUGCAAACUUUUGUCUUGACUAAAUAAACUGUACAACUAAUGAG